GAAUAUAAUACACAUAUCGUAGGUCUUCAACACAAUCAGCUAAGAAAUAAUUCAGGGAGACAUACACAUAUAUGUCAAGGAGACAUGUAUGCUUGCCGUAUUAAAAGUGUUGGUGCUUAGUAACGAAAAACGAGAGAGACCACAGAGACACCAAUACUAUUCAACUUAAUCGUGUCCGUGCUCCGCUCCAGCCAUAUGUUACGCCGAUGUUGCAGAUGAGAUUGAGCUGAUAGUACUUGGACGCCAUCUUUUUACACUUCUCUUCUCUGGACUUGACCCCUGUAUUCCAUGAAGCAAAAAUCAUGGCGGAGGACCCUCAGAGGAACUUUCGCUCAGCCUAUUACGAGAAAGUAGGGUUUCGCGGAGUUGAGGAGAAGAAAUCUCUGGAAAUUCUUCUAAAAGACAACCCUCUAGAUGUUGAAAAGCUCUGCACGUUCAGCCAGCGAUUCCCUCUCCCGUCAAUGUACCGCGUUCAUGUUUGGAAGGUGCUCCUCGGCAUCCUGCCCCCCCACAGCGAGUCCCAGGCCCUGGUGGCAGGGUACCGGCGUGAGCAGUACACGGACGUGCUGCAGGCCCUGCAGGUGAUGCGCUUCCUGCACGCGGCCACGCCCCAGGUGGAGGUGUACCUGCGCAUGUUCCAGCUGGAGGGCCAGGAGCUGCCCCGCCUCUCCGAGCUCACGCCACCGGAAGAAGAGGAUGAGGAUUUCCUGGCCAUAGCCAAAGCCAUGGAGGAGAUAGUGGAGGACCCUGUGGACUGCUAUUGGCUGAUAAAGUGCUUUGUCAACCAGUUCAACAACAAGUUUGGAGACUCAAUACCACACCUGCCCAAGAGUCUGGAGCACUACCUGAGCCAGGAGGACGGCCGGCUGCUGGCGCACCUGAAGGCCUGCGGCGCCCUGCGGAGGCUCCCGCACAGCCUGUGGUUCCGCCGCUGCUUCGCCGGCUGCUUCCCCGAGUCCAGCCUGCAGAGGGUUUGGGACAAGGUGAUCAGCGGCUCCUGUAAGAUCCUGGUGUUUGUCGCCGUGGAGGUCCUGCUGAGCUAUAAGAUCAUGCUGAUGGCCAUGAACAAGCCGGAGGCCAUCGUCCAGUUCCUGAGCAGUAUGCCGCAGGAGAACACGGACGCCAUCGUGACCAAAGCCAUCGACCUGUGGCACAAGUACUGCGGGACGCCGAUGCACUCCGUGUAGCCAUGGCGACCCCCUGUACCCAGCAUGCACCGUGCCUCUGCCUGCGCCGUGCCUGACAGGGGCAGUGAAAAUAUCCCGGAGCACCGGUUUACACCUCCGACUCACGAGCUCUGGGCCAAACUGUUUGACGUGUGUGCAGAGCUGGCCGUCCUGCUGCUGCUGAGGUGGACGUGGUGUUACAUACGUGUUUAAUAUGUGUACGUGAUGUGUACAGAUUAUUAUUUAUUGUCUGAACUCUCACCUUCAUCUAUGGCGCCUGACACAGCUGCCCUCACAUUGUGAUAUCAUGCACCCUGGAUGUUUGUUGCAGAGAUUCAGGGUUAAGAUCAUUGUGACAUCAUACACCCUGGAUGUUUGCUGCAGAUAUUCAGGGUUAGGAACCUCACCUCUGGACACCAUGAGCAGCUGCUGGCCUACAAGCCCCCUGCUCCUCCAGUUACGUCACACCGCUGUGAAGUAUCGGUAGCCAGGAGGCAAUCUGUCAGUUACGCAACCCAGUGCAACUCUACGCCCUCCUCCGUGACGGGAGCAGCCGGGACUGCUGACCCCAGCCCGACCCCGCUGGGACAGACUGCCUCUCCGUCUGCGUCAGACACGGACUAUCGCCUUUCCGCUCGAGCGCCCGUAACCGCGGCAUCCCGCUACAGCCGCCCCGCGCCCCAGCUCGCGCCCCGAAGGCUGGAGGGGAUUUAGAGAACGUCCGCAGUGAAGUGAUCACUAAUACAAAUAUUAAAUAUUCAUGCCUGCU